AGAGAGCGUGAGAGAGAGAGAGAGGUGAUUAACAUUGAAGUGCAUUGAGCAGUAGAAUCAGUGCUGUAGCCACUCCCUGAUCCGUGGACCCCGCUGUCGCGACCGCUUCCCUGCUUCACACUGACUGCCUGGAGAGCUGGGCGGUAGACGCGUCCUGGACUGGUUCAUUCAAAGUGGAGAAAUAGCCCUCAGUUCACGCCGGGGAAGGGAUAAAGGAAUCAUAGCCUAACCUUUUUCAAAGUGACAUCUGGAAACUACAUUCAUUCUCAAGAGUGGAUUGAAGGAGGGAGUUAUUUGUACACACAAGGGGGGGAUUAUGUCCAAGAUGGAGGUGAAGACAUCACUUCUCGACAACAUGAUAGGGGUGGGGGACAUGGUCCUCCUGGAGCCCCUGACAGAAGACUCCUUCAUCGACAACUUACGGAAGCGCUUUGACCACAAUGAGAUCUAUACCUACAUUGGCAGUGUGGUUAUCUCCAUGAACCCUUACAAGCACCUCUCCAUCUACACAGCAGACAAGGUGGAGGAGUACCGCAACAGGAACUUCUACGAGCUCAGCCCCCACAUUUAUGCCCUGGCUGACAUGGCCUACCGAUCUCUGCGGGACCAAGACAAAGACCAGUGCAUUCUCAUCACAGGGGAGAGUGGAGCCGGCAAGACAGAGGCCAGCAAGCUGGUGAUGUCAUACGUGGCAGCCGUGUGCGGCAAGGGCCAGGAGGUGAACAAGGUGAAGGAGCAGCUGCUGCAGUCCAACCCAGUGCUGGAGGCUUUCGGGAAUGCCAAGACCGUCCGGAAUGACAACUCCUCUCGAUUUGGGAAAUAUAUGGACAUUGAGUUUGACUUCAAAGGGGACCCCAUAGGUGGAGUCAUCAGUAACUAUCUUCUGGAGAAGUCUCGCGUUGUGAAGCAGCCCCGGGGAGAGCGCAACUUUCACGUUUUCUACCAGCUCCUGUCUGGAGCAUCCGAAGACACACUCAAAAAGCUGAAGCUGGACAGAGACUUCAGCAAAUAUAACUACUUGAGUCUGGACUCCGCAACCGUUAAUGGACUGGAUGACGCUGCAAACUUCCGAACAGUCAGAAACGCCAUGCAGAUUGUGGGCUUCAUGGAGGAUGAGGUGCUGUCGGUGCUGGAGCUGGUGGCCGCUGUGCUGAAGCUGGGCAACAUCGAGUUCAAGCCCGAGUCGCGGGUCAACGGCUUUGAUGAGAGCAGAGUCAAAGACAAGAAUGACCUGAAGGAGAUGUGUGAGCUGCUGGGGAUUGAGCAGGCGGUGCUGGAGAGGGCCUUCAGCUUCCGCACGGUGGAGGCAAAGUUGGAGAAGGUGUCCACCACCCUCAAUGUUGCUCAGGCUUACUACGCCCGAGAUGCCCUCGCCAAAAAUCUCUAUAGCCGACUCUUCAGCUGGCUGGUUAACCGAAUCAACGAAAGCAUCAAGGCACAAACUAAAACACGCAAGAAAGUAAUGGGUGUCCUGGAUAUCUAUGGCUUUGAAAUAUUUGAGGACGGAGACAACAGUUUUGAGCAGUUCAUCAUCAACUAUUGCAACGAGAAGCUGCAGCAGAUCUUCAUCGAGCUGACGCUCCGUGAGGAGCAGGAGGAGUAUGUGCGUGAGGGCAUUGAGUGGACCAACAUUGAAUACUUCAACAAUGCCAUCAUUUGUGACCUCAUCGAGAAUAACCAGAAUGGGAUCCUGGCCAUGUUGGACGAGGAGUGUCUGCGCCCCGGCACGGUGACCGACGACACCUUCCUGGACAAACUCAACACCAUCUGUGCUGAGCACCAGCACUUUGAGAGCCGCCAAAGCAAGAACUCCAAGUUCCUGACGGACCACAGCCUGCCACACAACUGCUUCCGCAUCCAGCACUACGCUGGCAAGGUGCUAUACCGUGUGGAGGGCUUUGUGGACAAGAAUAAUGACCUGCUCUACAGAGACCUCUCCCAGGCCAUGUACAAGGCCAACCACAGCCUGAUGAAGCUCCUCUUCCCCGAGGGCAACCCAGCCAAGGUCAACCUGAAGAGACCACCCACCGCAGGCUUCCAGUUCAGAGCCUCAGUGGGAACCCUCAUGAGGAACCUCCAGACCAAGAACCCCAACUACAUUAGAUGCAUCAAGCCCAAUGACAAGAAGGCGGCCCACAUCUUCACGGACUCGCUGGUGUGCCACCAGGCGCGGUACCUGGGGCUGAUGGAGAACGUGCGUGUGCGGAGAGCCGGCUAUGCUUUCCGCCAAGCCUACGAACCGUGUCUGGAGCGCUACAAGAUGCUGUGCAAGCAGACAUGGCCUCACUGGAAGGGUCCCGCCAGGGAGGGAGUGGAGGUGUUGCUCACAGACUUGCAAGUGGCCCCGGAGGAGUACUCUUACGGUCGCUCGAAAAUCUUCAUCAGGAACCCCAGAACACUCUUCUUCCUGGAGGAGAAGAGGAGGCAGUGCCUGGAGGACCUGGCCACGCUCAUCCAGAAGAUCUACCGGGGCUGGAAGUGUCGCACCCACUUCUUGCUGCUGAAGAAGAGCCAGGUGGUGGUGGCCGCCUGGUACCGGCGCUAUGCACAACAAAAGAAGUACCAGAAGAUUAAGAGUGCCACUGUGGUGAUGCAGUCCUUCAUCAGAGGAUGGAAGGCACGAAAGAUCCUGCGGGAGCUGAAAUACCAGAAGCGAUGCAAAGAGGCUGUGACGACCAUUGCAGCCUACUGGCAUGGGACUCAGGCCCGGAGAGAACUGCGGCGUCUCAAGGAGGAGGCCAGGAAUAAGCACGCUGUCACUGUCAUAUGGGCAGCCUGGUUGGGAACUAAGGCUCGGCGGGAACUGUGGCGUUUAAAGCACGCGAAACGGAGUAAGCAGGCCGUGUCCAUCAUUUGGGCUGGCUGGCAAGGGACAAAGGCGCGCAGAGAGCUGAAGAGACUGAAGGAGGAGGCCAGGCGUAAGCACGCCGUCGCCGUCAUUUGGGCCUACUGGUUGGGACUUAAGGUUCGUCGGGAGUACAGGAAGUUCUUCCGGGCCAACGCUGGCAGAAAGAUCUAUGAAUUCACCGUCCAGAGGAUUAUGCAGAAGUACUUCCUGGGGCUUAAGAACACCAUGCCUUCCAUGUCACCCAUUGACAAAACAUGGCCUGUCAGACCCUACCAGUUCCUGGAAGGAGCUCACACGGAGCUCAGGAGGAUUUUCCACCUGUGGAGGUGCAAAAAAUACAGGGGCCAGUUCACAGCAGAGAAGAAAGCCAUCUAUGAGGAAAAACUUGAGGCCAGUGAGAUCUUCAAAGACAAGAAGGCCCUUUACCCAAGCAGUGUGAGUCAGCCUUUCAAAGGUGACUACCUGGAGAUCAACAAGAACCCCAAGUACCAGAAACUGAACAGUGUUGUUGAGGAGAAAAUUCUUCUUGCUGAUGUUGUCAACAAGAUUAACAGGGCCAAUGGCAAGGGGGCACCCAGGAUCUUUGUGCUGACAAAGAACAGUUUUGUCCUGGCCGACCAGAAGACCGGUCAGGUUAAGUCCAGUGUUCCACUGCCCGAUGUCUGCAGUGUGUCAGUCAGCACACAGACCGAUGGCUUCUUUGCACUCAAACUCAAAGAGGGCACUGCCGCUGCAGCCAAGGGGGAUUUUCUGCUGAGCAGCGAUCAUCUGAUUGAGAUCAUCACCAAACUCCACCGCACGGGAGUCAACCAUGAUCAGUUCAACAUCGACAUCUCAGACGAGUUCCUGGUGCAGUUCAAGCAGGAUAAGGUGUGUGUGAAGUUCAUCCAGGCUGGCCCAAAAAACGGCAGCAGUGCAGCCUGCAAGCGCAAAAACAACCGUCUCUUAGAAGUUUGUGUACCAUCGCCCUAGAAAUGACUCUUCCCCAAGGGGGUUCCCAUUGUUGGACAAUUUACCAUCCAACCCUACAAAGCCCCACCCACUAGUUGUGCAAUUAUAAUAUUUUUUUGUGCUUAUGUUGUAUCUCCAGUUCAGAGUGUGUGGCUCACUGUAUUUUUUGCUGCAAUACCAAGGAUAAGAGGAAAUUGUAUGCCAUUUGGAAGUACAGGUGGACAUGAACCUAAAAAGAAAAUUAGGUUUUUGUUUUACCUGUGCUAUUUUUUUAAUCGGGUAAGGGGGUCGGCCCAAAAAAAGUGCCCUUGCUUUGUCAUAGCACAUCACAUUCUCUGUUAAACAGCAAAGAUAAUGCCUGUGAUUAUGAAUAUGCACAUCAGAUGGCCACAGAAGCAACAGCAGAUUAUACCAGACAUGAUGGGGCUGUGUCCAGUCACGCCAAGCUAAACUCAUCCAGCUAAGCUACGACAGACUGUGCACGCUGGUGGCUGGGCAUCAGUUUGGCAGGCAAGGCUGACAGACCAGGUCAAUGAGCACUGAUAGAAAGGUUGCAAAUGGAACAAUUGCACUUUGGCAAGAUAUAGACACAAAGCGUGGGAAUCAGAGGUUUUAUUUUUAAUUAUUGUUGGUUGUUAGUUGGUUGGAUGGUUGGUUUGGUGAUGCCCUCUUAGCAUACUGAUUUAAGUUCAGCAAAAGGAAGUAGUUCCGUAUAGUUAUAUUUUCAAGAACCACAACUUUUUUUUGUGAAAAACAUUGUGCCAUUUUGCUCUUCCCUCAGCACAGGGGGGUUGUCAUGUGUCUCACAACAGUGUGAAGUCAGCCUUGAUGCGUACAGAGAAGCCAAAGCCCCCCCCCACAAGCACAUUUCAUUGCCAACAGUUUAUUACAGGAUUUGGCAGGCAAGGGUUUUUGACAGCACACUAAGUGUGUGAUCUAAAAUUUAAUGUAGAUGUUUUUUUUUUUUUUUUCUCACAGAAAGUCCCAUUGCACAUUGUUUGUACAAAACCCCAAUGCACACACAACUUGAUUCUAAUCUUUUUUUUUUUCUGUGGAAUCUGCACAUUCUACCCAUAUGUAAAUCCGACAAGUAGGGAAGCGGCAGAAAUAAGAAAGGAAGCGGGAAGUCCACAGAGCCCUUACACUUCCCAUGUUCUCAAUGAUGGUUUCCCCAGCUGCUGUGAAAAACAGUAGUUGCAGC